AUCGGCGUAACUCUCGGACGGUCUUGGGAGCAGGAAAUGACACUAUGGAUGCCACUUUAUCCGGAUCCGUACAGAUGCCUUCGGAAGUGACGACAUGUCCCAGAUACUUCAGAGACUUCCGGACAAACUCACAUUUGUCGGGAUUGAGACGGGCACCUUACGAGAUUCGGCCAAUCUCUCCACCUCCUCUAUGAAGCCGCUCACACUACCUGUGCCACCAAAUGAAAUAUUCCAUUUGUGGACAGGAAUGGUUGGCACCGGUGACGGUCGAGGUUCCGGUUCCAAUGGUACUCUCUCUCUGGUCAUGGUCCUGCCAGAGCUGACACAAGAUGUAGGUGCACCAGUAUGUGAGACAUCAGCAGCUAUCGGAAGAUUGACCCCAUCUCCAAGAUCAAUCAGGGAUGUUUCAGCUCUUUCCGGUUGGAUCGGGGACAUCCCAGGUGAACUGGGAACCUCCACAUCCAAGAGGGACCGUUCCUGCUGACCGGAUGGCUGUCCACGGGUGUUGCUACUACUCAGUUGCUCCAGCGUCUCCAAGGCCUUAGUUGUAGUCGCCUUCAGUUGUUCGAUCAGUUGUAACUGUGUUUCAUCGGAAGUGAUAAUAAAAUUCAGUCUUCCCUGAA